GAAACGCCGUGCAGCCUAAUUUCCGCCACCGCCGCAAGGCUCCCUUGUCUUCCUCCUCUGCCUCACUCUCCCAUUUUCCAUCGAUUUCUUCUCGUCGGAUUAUCGGAAUUCCGGCAGGUCUCCGGUCACCGACUCGACUCUAAGAUUUCUGUAGAGAGUUAGUUGAGUUCAGAGAGUAUGGCAGAGCCGCCAUUGAAGCCCGUACUCCAGAAGCCUCCGGGUUAUAAAGAUCCAAAUCUCACUGCUCCGCCAGUGCCCAGACCACCGGCGAGGAAACUGAUUCUACCGUCGCCGCUAAGCCAGAAUAACAAGAAGCGACGGAGCUGCUGCCGGAGAUUCUGUUGCUUCCUCUGCCUUUUUGUUCUGAUCCUGAUCGUCGUGAUUGUCGCCGCCGGUGGCUUUUUAUACCUCUGGUUUGAGCCAAAACUUCCUGUGUUUCAUCUCCAAUCAUUCCGGAUCUCCAAAUUCAACGUCACCGACAAAGCCGACGGCUCGUAUUUAAACGCCAAAACAAUCGGUCGCAUUGAAAUCAAGAAUCCUAAUGAGAAGUUAUCACUAAAUUACCGCGAUAUCGAGGUCGUUACCGCCGCCGGAGAAGGUACUCGAAUUGAAUUAGGAUCAACAAUCGUGCCGAGCUUUAUUCAUUCGAAGGAGAACACGACGAGUUGGAAGAUCGAAACAAUGGUCAGCAACGAAAUCGUCGACGGCGGAGCGGGGCGGAAGCUGAACUCCGGCAACAAAACCGGAGAGCUAGUGGUGAUCGUCGAAGCACGUACGAAAAUCGGAUUCGUGUUGAAUGGGCGGAGAACGCCGCGGGUGAAGAUCGAAGUGUCGUGCGGUGGCGUGAGCUUGAAACGUCUCGACGGAGGCAACACGCCGAAAUGCUCCAUUCAUUUGCCCAGAUGGUUUCUGUAGCCAUAAGAGAAGGGAAAAAGAAA